AUGGGGAGCGAUCUGGGAGAAUACCCGCACACACCUUCAAGGACCACGAUUAGGAGGGCCAAGGGAGAUAAUUCCUUUGCCCCCUUCAAUUCCCGGACACAGUUCCGCCAUAUGUACCGCCCCAUGUCAGCGGGGAUGAGUUCUGGUACCAAGCGAAAGACGUCGGACAGCGACGGUGAGGAUGCGGCAAAUCCUGCCGCUGUACCUGAUGCGCCCUCACCAACCGCUCUUCCUGCCGCUGUCUGUGCAGCGCAGCCGGCUAGUCAGCCAGUCGACCAAGGCCAGCAGCCCGAUCCGAACGGAUCAGACCACAUGAUGCAGAACUUUGGAAGGACGACGCAGCAGCUCAUUAUGAUGCUCUACGCUGCCCAACAUACCCGUCUAGUACAAUGCGCCCGGGACGAACGAGAAGGAAUCGACCGAAAACCUGACGCUGAUUGUUGCCCCGGUGUCGGUGAUGUCCACCUGGACCGAGCAGCACGGCGGAUGCAUGCCUUCUCAAUUGCGCACCGUGUAUCCAAGGAGAAUCCCAUCAAUGUCGCGGUCUACCAUGGGCCACGGAGAUACUCGAUAAUUUUCGCCGACUACGACGUGGUUGUAACAAGUUACUCCACUCUGGCCGCGGAUUUCAGUGCUUCAGGCAAUCGAUAG